AUGGCAGAUAAGUCCAAAUUUAUUGAGUACAUUGAUGAUGCUUUAGAAAAAUCAAAAGAAACUGCACUUUCUCGCUUAUUCUUCACCUAUCAGGGGAUUCCUUACCCAGUUACCAUGUGUACCUCAGAAACUUUCCAAGCGAUGGACACCUUUGAAGCCAGGAGCGAUGACAUUGUGCUAGCAUCUUACCCAAAGUGUGGUUCAAAUUGGAUUCUUCACAUUGUCAGUGAAUUAAUAUUUGCUGUUUCUAAAAAACAAUAUGAAUGUCCAGAAUUCCCAGUUCUUGAAUGUGGGGACUCAGAAAAAUAUCAGAGAAUGAAACAGUUUCCGUCACCAAGGAUUUUGACAACUCACCUCCAUUAUGACAAAUUACCUGGAUCCAUCUUGGAACAUAAAGUCAAGAUAUUGGUGAUAUUCCGCAACCCUAAAGAUACAGCGGUAUCUUUUUUCCAUUUCCACAAUGAUGUCCCUGAUAUUCCAAGCUAUGCCUCUUGGGAUGAAUUCUUCAGACAGUUCAUGAAAGGACAAGUUUCUUGGGGAAGCUAUUUUGAUUUUGCAAUCAAUUGGAACAAACACCUGGACAAUGAAAAUGUUAAGUUCAUACUAUAUGAAGACCUGAAAGAGAAUCUGACUGCUGGAAUAAAACAAAUUGCUGAGUUCUUAGGAUUCUCUGUAACUGGGGAACAGAUUCAAACCAUCUCAGCCCAGAGUACCUUCCAAGCGAUGAGAGAAAAACCUCAGGAGACGCAUGGUGCUGUUGGCCCAUUCCUGUUCCGCAAAGGUGAAGUUGGUGAUUGGAAAAACUUGUUCAGUGAAACUCAGAACCAAGAAAUGGAUGAAAAAUUCCAAGAGCUCUUAACAGGCACUCCCUUGGGAGUAAAGCUGAAGUAUGAAUCAUAUUGCCAGGCUUGAUUCUGGCCAAGUCAGCAGGCC